AUGAUUAAAAGCGUAUAUGUUACCAACAGUUACUUGAUUAAAAGCGUAUAUGUUACCAACAGUUACAUCAUUAAAAGCGUAUAUGUUACCAACAGUUACUUGAUUAAAAGUGUAUAUGUUACCAACAGUUACUUGAUCAAAAGUGUAUAUGUUACCAACAGUUACUUCAUCAAAAGUGUAUAUGUUACCAACAGUUACUUGAUCAAAAGUGUAUAUGUUACCAACAGUUACUUGAUCAAAAGUGUAUAUGUUACCAACAGUUACUUGAUCAAAAGUGUAUAUGUUACCAACAGUUACUUGAUCAAAAGUGUAUAUGUUACCAACAGUUACGUGAUCAAAAGUGUAUAUGUUACCAACAGUUGA